CUUUUGUGUUUGUUUAACUUGUUCCCUAAUGUCUCCUGAUCGUUACAGCUGAUCUUUGGGGAUUGUUUAGCCUUUCAUGGAUUUCAUGACUUUUUUGUACACCAUUAUUACUGUCAUCUUAACUUCAAGUCAAUAAUCUGGAUGGUAAUCGCAUCAGGAAACUCUUCGAAUAAUGAUAACAAUUGUGUAAGCAAUUAUGGGGGUUGGAUAUUGAUUCAAUCCAAAUUAUUUGAAAAGUUCAAACUUCUUGAGAUAGUUUGUUCUAGGUCAUACAAUAAAUUUAAUCACCAUGUAUAUCUUUUUGAUGGAUCAAGGUCGCCUUAUCUCGCUAGACGAUAAAUUAUUAUCUCAGACGGUUUCAAGCCUACGCAAUGUUUUGGCACAUGAUUUUGACCUACCAUUGAAUAAACAAAUUCUUUUAGUAUCAGGUGGGUUCCAGUUAGAACCAGGAGAUAAAUUGUCGAUGUAUGGUGCGGGUUUGGAUAAAACUAAUCCAAUCUAUGUGUUUACGCAAACAUUUUCAAAUGAUACAGCUGUUCAAAAACCAGAUGUUUUACAAGUUAAUGAUGGGGGAUAUCCACGACAACUUACCGGUCUGUUAGAAUUAGCUCCGUCUGAAAAGGUGUUUGAAGAGCGACUGCGGCUUAUUCGUUCACUUACAUUAAUUGGUCGUGAAACUGCUAAUGCAAUUGAACAAUUGGUUUCUGAACAACGUCAAAUGAUUCAGGGAUGGUGUGUUGCAUUGGCUAAUUUAGCUGAAGUAGCUGCAGAUACAAAUAAACGUUUGAUGUUUGCAACAAGUCGAUUAGUUCAGUUUGAAGAAUGUGUUUCUGAUUGGGAACGAAAGUUGUACAACUUCAAAGACUUAAAAAAGGAAUUAUCGGAAUUGCCGUUACCACCACAGUUAAUAGCUGUAACCAGUGAAAUCGUCGAUCAUAAAGAAUCGUUCAAUUAUAACAAUAUUUCCAAGCCAACAAAUUUAUACGAAUGGGUUUGUUUACAGUCUGCUAUAUCUAGUGUCGGGACGCGUCAUUCUUUGCCGUCGUCAACGGUUAAAGCUGUUGGUUUACAAAAUGUUGCAUUACACGUUGGUCGACAUAGUGGUGAUGAUAGUACUGGACGUAUUCGUACAACAAGUACUGGUAAUAUUGGUGUCGUUGGUAGUAUUGGUGACGGUAUUACGUCAAGCAAUUCAGGAUCGAGUUAUGUUGGGUCAAAUCAACCCGCUAGAAUUUCCUUAUAUACUGGUGGUUCUCAAACCAGCUUGAACAGUUUAGGGUGUACAAAUUCACAAAAUUUAUCAGAUCAUCAACACUAUUCCACUAAAGAUGAUAACAAUACGCUUCUCCAGGAUCAUUUUUCUUCAGCAGCCGAUUACGAGUCAGCAUUUUUAGAUAUUAUUAAACGUGCAUUACAUGACAUACAUUCAUUACGAUUUGGUCCGGACUUAAUAUUCAAUCCUAGUGCUAAACCAUCGGAUUCUUUCAAUAGUGAAUUAGUUUAUGUUAGAGCACAAACAAAUCGUUUAUCUGAACUCAUCACAAUGGUUACUACUUGUUCCAAAUCUAAUUAUGAUGAAAUGACUACUUCUACUUUACCUCAUUCUUCAAUGACAUCAUCUACUACGACAAUGCCUGUGAUUAGAAUGAACACUACGAUAUCUAAUUCAAAAGAUGUUUCUAUCGAUUCAAUGAAUAAUGAUGUUACAUUAAAUGAUACCUAUGUAACAUCGGAUAAAAGACAAAUCCUACCAUCCGCACCAGCAGUAUCAACCUGUGCAUCAACUUUAUUCCCAUUACAAUUACCACAUGUUGGUAUAGAUGAUGUACACUUGACCAGUAUACGUGAUGCAUUGGAUCCGGGUUAUUUUAGUCAACGUCUUUCACAUCUUGACCAAUUAUUGUGUGAAGCUGUAGAUUUAUCCAGAAAAAUGAUUGAAAUUGAACAGAAUUCUACAAAAGCUUUUCAACAGAUAAUUCAACAAAAGAUUAAUUCAUUGUUACAGAUGAAAUUUAUGGAGAAUACAAAAAAUUCACAAGAGUUAAUUGUUGUAUUCAAUCGUCUUUGUGAAAUCCUCGGUAUUGUUAUGGAGAGUAAACUUCUACUAGCUAAUAAUUUGUCUGAUCGUCAACGUUGGCUUCAAAAUUUCCAAUCAGAAUUAAAUCGUCUCGAUGCAAUUAUUCAACGUUGUCUUCGUCGUAUGUGUCGUGUCACUACAACUGGGACAUUAAUAUCUCAAUUAAGUGAAGCUGGUCCCACCUAUGCUCGCUGUUUAGCUGAAACUGUUAGACGUACCGAAUUCGAUGAUAUGCUUACUCAACGAUCUGUAUGCUAUCUUAAAGAGGAGACUAAUUUGAGGACUGAUGAAUGUCGUCGACGACGUGUAUUUUCCAAACAUUUAAAAAAUAACGUUCUACAUUCACUUUUCGCACCAUGGACUAAUCCAAAAGCGGAAUGUCUCGGGCUUGCUAACAUACCAGGAACAAUCUCUAUGUCACAGGAUGUUGAACCACAAUCGUGCGAAUCUUCUACCACUACCACUGCUACUACUACCACAACAUUUAAUCAAAAACUUGGCUCAUCUUCACAUGGUCCUAACAUUGUCGCACCAGAAUUAACGGUUAACCGACGAUAUGCCCUAUCUUCUUUAUCUGAACCACGUUUAAACGAAUUAGCUAAAGCUUGUGCAUUGAAUCGUGUACAGUAUUCUCGUGUUCGUUCAACUCGAUUAAAUUCAUUUAGUUCACCUGAUCCGCAGCUAACCAAAGUUAAAGAAGAUGAAAUAAUUGAAUCUGAUCAAGGUAAAAAAAGCUCAGAUAAUAGUUGUCUUACUCAACAACAAGUGGUUCUGUUACGUUCACACCAUACCAGACCAAAGAUUAAUGCUAAUCGUCGUGCAUCAAUGCCAUUUGAUGAAUCCGAUCGAGGCAAAAUAUCAGGUAUAUCUAAUGAAUCAAUUGAUUCAUUAUCCUUGUUAGGAGUAUUAUCAAAUAAUUUCUAUCUAACUCAUAAUGUUAAUCUGUCAACAACAACAACAACAACACAACCAAUUAAAAUUACUCGCGACGAUAUAGAGAGAUUGAUGCAAUCCAUGCCUGCUAAUAUAUGCAAUCUGUUACGAACAGAAUUGAAUAAAUCAUCUUUACUGUUUAGAAACACUUCUUUUCUACCUAAUUCAUCUUUGAUCAGUUGUGGUGGCAGUGUUUCUUUAGAUCAGACAUGUGCUACCGCUGACGGUGCUGGUCUUGUCAGUGGUUUAUCGUCAGAUUUAAAACCAACCAUCACGACAUCAACAGUCACUACUUGUAAGUCCACCAUGAUAACUGGAACACAGAUUGAUGCACCUUCAACAACAUCAAUUGCAACCUCUCCAUUUAGUAGUUUAGAGAACAUAUUGACAAGGGAUUUUAUUGAUGUUGGUUGUCAAGCAGAAUUUGGUUUAAUCGGACCGAUUAUAAAUGCUGGAUCUGGUCGAAGCUUGAGUUCCAGUCUGGCAUUAUCAGUUGAUGAUUCAGUACGUCGUACUGCAAUUCACACAGCUAAUAAUAUUCAUACAGGUUGGGAAGAACUUCCAGGAAGUUUGUGUAGUUGGGAAUUGUGUCGUUUUCCACCUACGGUAGGGUCAGGUGAUCGUAUAUCAGUUUCUUUGAAUACAUUACCACGUUUUGAACAUUUAGUUACUACUGCUACACAAACUGAAGGACAAUUAGAAUAUUUAGAAUCUCAUUAUACACCUUAUUCUGCUGUUGAACCUAUGAGCACAGAAGAAUUAUGUUUACAAAAGAGUAAAACACAUAGAAAAGAUUCAACUCUACAUGUGAACAAUAAGAGUGCCGAUGAUUAUCAUCCUCAAACACUUCCUAUAACUAAUCCUACUGCUAUUGUUGAUAUUAGUGAACAACAAUCCGUAUCAUCGUCAUUACCGUUUACAACUAACAAUGAUGAAAUCAAUGAAGAUAAUAUUAUUAUUUCAUCAAUAUUUACUGAAGAGAAGUUAUUCACUGAUUCUGCUUUAAUGAUGGCAUCAAGUUUUCAUUCAACAAAAACUACAUUUUCCAAUAGUAAUAAUAAUAAUAAUAAUAAUAAUACAUCUUCAUCACAAAUAGAUACACCUUUAAUAUCAAUGCAUAAUCAUAGUCGAUCAUUGUCUUCAAGUAAUUUAUGUGAUUUAACACAUGCUACUAGUGUCCAUGGUAGUGAAAGUGCAACAACACAAUACGGUUCAAUGAUAUACGAUGAUGAUAUAAAAAGUUCUCGUGAUGUUCUUCUCCUACAUUCAUCAUCUUCACCUGAAGUACAAUUGCAUCAAUUAGUUGAACGCCAAAAUCAAAUUACAUCAUUUACAUUAUUAGACCAUAAUUGUUUCAAAUGUCGUUUAAAACGUAUUCAUCGCGAAUAUGCUCAGUUACUUCAAGAAAGUUUAAAACUAGUCAAUAAUGAUUGUAAUAAUCAUUAUAAUUCUAAUCAUGCUGAUCAUCAUCAGCAUCAUAAUCAGCAUCAGUUACAACCGAGUACUCCUAAAAUUGAAGUUGAUAUUAAUAAACCAUCAAGAAUUACAACGGCUGAAAUGGAAAAAUCUACAUCAAUUUCACUUGAUGAGAUACAAUUGAAAUGUCUUUUCAAUGUAUUAGUAUCAUGUUCAUUAUUAUUUUUAAAAUCUAAACACAUAUCAUGUGAAUCAUCUCAUCCUACUUCUGCGGAAUUAGAAACAACAACGUCGUCAAGUGAUGAUCAUACUUGUUCGAGUAUUGAUCAGUCAGAUUUAUCCACUACAUUGAUUCAGAAUAUUAUUGAAAAUUCAAUCGAAAGUGACUCAAAACUGAACGAUGAUAAUAAAACGAAUGAUACAACGAUAUUCGAUUAUUUCGAUUUCAAGAAAUCUCUACAAUUUCUUAUGGAAACUUUACAACUGAACAACAAUAAUAAUAAUAAUAAUCCAGUUCCCACGAUUUCCACGUCUAAAUAUGAGUCGAUAUUAACCCAAACAGAAAUAAUUCAAACCAUGGAUAUGGCUACAUCAUCAAUAACAAUUCCUAAUCACAUGCCAACUAAAGGUUCUGAUUUCGAACUAACAACAUCAUCAGUUUGUGAUUCGACUAUUCUAACUUCUUCAUUAACAAGUACUACGACUACUACUACUAUUAAUAAUAAUAAUAAUAAUGAUAAUCAUAUUCUAUUGUCAACUGUUUCUCGUUCUACUUCUCCGAUAUUACCACAACAACAACAACAAAAUCACAACAAUCGGCAGACUUGCAAUAGUUCAACUGAAUCUUAUUGUAUCACUAAUAUUUCAUCAAAAUUACCUAAUGAACGUUUUACUAGUUUUGUGCAUUCUAACUUUUUGCCGGAUGAUAUUGUGAUCUUUGUUCCUGUCCCAGGAACUAAACCAAGUAUUUCAUCAACGUCAAACGCUUUUCUAUCUGGCACCACUGCCAUCACUACUGUUCCAACACCAACAACUACUUCAAGUUCGAUUCCACCACAAACUUUUGUAAAAACAGAUAAUGGUGCUGCUACUACUAUUACUAGUAGUAGUAGUAGUAGUAGGAAUGGUAAUAAUAAUAACACUAAUAAUAAUAAUAAUAAAGAUCACGACUCAACAACAAUUAUAACUAAAUCUGAUAUUUGGUCAAGGAGUAGUAAAUUCUCAUCGAAUCUCCUAGAUGCUAUUUCACCAUCAUCUAGUUUAUUAUCGUCAAUGAUUGUUCAAUCAUCACUACCAUUCUGUUCGUCAAUAUUUAUGAAUUCGUCGAUAGGAAGCUCUGAUGCUAGCACUACCGAUACCGCUGCGCCUGUCACUACUAUAAGCACAAGUAACAGCAAUGCAUUGAAUAUUAUGUCGUCUAUGAAUAAAAUCACUUGCACUGCAAGCAAUAGCAGUAGUAAUUCUGCUUUAGCUAAUGAGUUAUGUACAAACACAUUUAGCGGUAAUUAUGGUACUCUUUUACCUUCAACCUCUACUACUUCUGGUUGCUUUAGCAGCACCGCUGUUAAUAUCAUACCAACAACAGAAGCAUCAUUAACAACAUCCACACCAACUAUAACUUAUGUUCAAUGGCGUAUGUUGUCUUCAGAUGGUCAUGUCUACUUUUUACAUCAAGAUGAUUUUAAAGCACUGAAUAUUGAUGAUCAUAUAGAUUAUUGUAAGCCGGUGAAUUCUAACUUAUUGGAAACUAAUUCAUCUCAACACAGAAACAUGUCAUUUAAAGAAGCGUUCCCACCAUAUAAUUAUUUUGUCGCUGCAAGAUACAAAAGCAAAGAACGUUGUUUAUCCAGACGAGCAAAUAAUCGAUUCAAUUUGCCUAAAAACUUCAUAUUUUAUCGUGUUCGAGCUCGUCCCUUAUUGAAUUGCAGUGAUAGUAAUGGCUCUGGCGGUGGUGUCGUUCGUGAUGUUUUGUCUUCACCUCCAACUGGCAAUCAUCAUCAGCAUAAUAAUGGCAGCAUUAAGAGUUCUGUGAUUUGUGAAUCCUGUCCAUUUCUUCGUUCAGAUAUAAAUGUUAAUAAAGAAUAAGCUUAUAUGUCACAUGUGCCUGAUUGAAGGAGUUGCGGAGGUGCGUUACAAUUCAAAUGACUUUUUUCAUUGUAAAAAUAGAUGGAUUGGUGGUGGCGGUGGUGGUGGUUAAUAAUCGAAGUAUUAUUGUGAUUAUUAUCAUUCAUAUAUAUAUUAUUGCCGUCGAUAUGAUUGUUUGGUCACCAUUAUCACUAUUUCAAGAAAAAUGAAAACACAGGAUUAAAAUAUUUAUUAUUAUUAUUAUUUUUAUUCGUACUAUUAUUUUACUCUCCUUUGUUUCUUUUUUUUGCCAUUGUUAUUAUGGUAACCAACCUGCCAUAUCAUGCCUUUCAUACACCACAUACACACAAACCUACAUACGUCUAGAUUGAAUGAUGCAACACAUCUUUGCAUUAUUUCUUAGUUCAUAAUUUAUAUAUAUAAAAGAAAAAUCGUCUAUCAUCAUCAACUAUAUCCCUAGAACAGCCUGAGAGAAAAGAAUUAUUCAUAUUGAUUAUUCACAUUUUUUCCUUCCUUGUCUUUGGUCUCCAUUUAAUUGGAUUUUAAGAGAGCUCAUCACCUCUACUGUACCACGUUGCUGCUGUUUGUGAAACACUUUUAACGGUUUUUUAUAAUUGUGUAUGAUUUUUUUUUGUAAACGUUAUUCUGUUGAAAUUGCAGUUUCUUUUUUUCUCUUAUGUGCAGUUAUAUUUGUUUAUAUAUAUAUAUAUAUAUAUAUAUAUAUAUAUACUUUUUUCAGUCUUUUAUCAUUUCAUAUCGUAUAAGACAGACAAAACCUAUAACUAACUAAACAAACUAUGUAUUUUUUUUGUACUUAUCGUUAACUAUAACAUCGUCAUCAUUGUCAAAACCUUUAUGGAUGUCAUUAUGACUAAAUACAAAGAUCAAUUCACCAACUUGAUGAAUUGGUUAUCUUCAAACUAAUGUACCCAUAGUUUCUAGCCUUCUUUUGAUCCUCCUCACCUUUUUCAACUGUACUAGUAUUGUUCGUGUGUGUGUGUGUGCAUGUACUUCAUCUUCCUUGUAUUAUCCAGUAAACUGUAUCAACGACUUGACCCUUUCAAUAUUUUCUGUAGAUGAAAUUUAUUUUGUGCCAUUGUUCACCCUUCUUUCGUUCCUUGCUUUAACUGAUCAAGUUAAUCCGGUUUAUAUAUACAUAAUUUUUUUCUGUAUACUGAUUGCGAAUGGUUAUCUGUCUAUAUAAUGUUGAAUGUUCAAUUAUGUAGAAUGGAUCUUGUAUUUGUGAUUCAACCUACUAUAUAACAGUGAUAAAGUUUAAUGCACACAGUAGGUCUGUAAGAAGAAGCUAUUCUGUAUUUGACUUCUUUUAACCGUCAGUCUUUUUGUUCAUUCGGACUUCCUAUUCGUAUUCUUUAUAUGCAACAAGAGAUAUUGAACGAUGACAACGACAAUUACACACUUAUUUUACACAGCAAUCAAAACAGUACAAAUACUAUUAUUCACUCAGAAAUAAUUAUUAAAUGAAAAGGGCUUUUCUAGUUAAUAAAUGUACAACUACUCAAAUUAGAAACAGUUGUCUUUUUCUUCUCAUUUAAAUCAAAACAGAUUGUGUUUUUGUCCAAGUGUAACAGAAACAAAUUAGUUUUUCUAUGGUAUACUUGAUUUAAGAUAUGACUCGCAACCGAAAAAACUGGUCAGAUUUGAUACGCCACUGAAUAUGUAACUUAAAUGUGGAUUCGAUGCGAUGAGCCGAUCAGAAAAUUUUUUCGGAAGAUAAGAUGAUGUGACUAGCUAAAACGUUUCUCAGAAAUGAUACUACAUCUUUAGUGGCUUCAUUUUCUAGAUGAUAUAGGUACAUGAAUGAGUUACAAUGUAUACCAUUUCCAUCAGUCAAUAAUGGAUCCCUCUUA